CAGCAGUGUAUUGUUGUCUCUCCCCACCCCCUCACCUCCCUCCUGUUAAUCCUCCAGCAGCGGCGCAGUGAAGCAGCGACGGAGGCUAACAAAGCACUACUUUGACUUCAUUUGGACAGACUUUAAACCAUUUACUUGCUAUGGCAGCAAUCAGGAAAAAACUGGUCAUAGUGGGAGAUGGAGCCUGUGGGAAGACCUGUCUCCUCAUCGUGUUCAGCAAGGACCAGUUUCCAGAAGUCUACGUGCCCACGGUGUUCGAGAACUAUGUGGCUGACAUUGAAGUUGAUAGCAAACAGGUCGAGUUAGCUCUCUGGGAUACAGCAGGUCAAGAAGACUAUGACAGACUGCGCCCGCUCUCUUAUCCAGAUACUGAUGUCAUUCUCAUGUGCUUCUCCAUCGACAGCCCUGACAGUCUUGAGAACAUCCCUGAGAAGUGGACCCCUGAGGUGAAACACUUCUGUCCUAAUGUUCCCAUCAUACUGGUGGGAAAUAAAAAGGACCUGCGUAAUGAUGAGCACACUCGGAGGGAACUUGCCAAAAUGAAGCAGGAACCUGUGAAAACAGAGGAUGGGCGGGACAUGGCUAACAGGAUCGGUGCCUUUGGAUACAUGGAGUGCUCUGCAAAAACAAAGGAUGGUGUGAGGGAAGUGUUCGAGAUGGCCACCAGGGCCGCACUACAGGCCAGGCGGGGAAAGAAGAGCAAUAAAUGUGUCCUACUGUAAACGGGGGCAUGAAGACUGCUUCCUACAGGAGGAGAGAAGAAGAAUUAGGUCAAACCUACCCCCAAACACAUCCACACAAAAGACUGUUCUCCCCAGUUUUUACUAAAGGUGUAAUGCUUUUACUUUCUUUGUCUUAAGCAAAAGUAGUCAGGUUCUGUCAGUAUUCAAUUUUGAGGUGAUGGAAGAUACUUUUUUUGUACUUUAACAUGAGUAAAUUUGCCAUAACGAAACCACCUUUAUCAAUAUGUUCUAUGUAAUCGAAAAGGUCAGCCAGGGGACCUGCUGUGUCGUACCUGCCAACUACAGUUAAGUGCUUAAACCCUGCCUGCUGAUCUGAGGAAUGUUUCCACAGCCAACUAGGGUGAAGUACCUGCACACUGUGACCUGUUGUCCUUUAAUUAUUUCAACAAACUGAUGCACACAUGAAGUCGAAAUUUCUUUGUGUGCUCCACACAAAUCUUACGUGCAUUAUGACCACGUGCACAACAUGAGACUGGAAGCUGAUUUUGCUAAAAACGCAAAUGGAAACUUAGUGUUUUGUGUAAUAAAUUACUUUGUAAGAAUCUUGAUAAUUUGCAUCACUUGAUUGAUAACCGCUGAAUGACGUUUAACAAGUGCAUUAUAGUCCCACGAAGGUACAGAGUUAAAGAUUAUGCCAUGUGGAUGCAGAAGAUUUUUAAGGAUAAAACUUGUUUAGUAUAUACGGCCAGCUUGAGGUGUUUUUGGAUUUGCAUUUCAGAGUUGGAGUCCUGGGUCAGCUACAGCGCACUAAGGUGAUUUGGUGGGCAUUACGGAAGAAUACAAGCCACUCUUUGGUUGUUGCCUUGUCAAUAGAGCCUGACAGAUAAUGGAUCUUUGAAGCAUUUUUUUGAUAAGAAUCCCUAAUAAAAACAAAAAGAUAUGUACUGAUCAAGACAUUUGGAAAAAAUAAACGUGUCAGUGCUC